AUGGCCAGGCCCGGGGCGCGGCGCGGGGCUGCUCGGCCCUGCAGCCCGCGGGGCAGCGCGGCCCCCCCAGCAGAGCGUCCGGCCCCCCCGCGGGCCCAGGGAGAAGCCGCCGACGCCGAGGAGCAGCGGCAAAGCCAGGAGCUGCUGGAGCAGGCGGCCGCCGAGAGGCGGCAGCUCGUCUGGGAGUGGCAGGAGCUGCGAGGGUUUCUGGAGCAGCAGGAGCAGCGGCUGCUGGCCCGGCUGGAGGAGCUGGAGGGAGCCAUUGUCCAGCGACGGGACCAGGGCGGCUGCAGCCUGUCCCGGGAGAUGUCCCUGCUCGGCGACAGGGGAGGAGACGAGGGGCAGCGGCCGCCGAGCCCCCCCCUGCAGGGUGCCGGGAGCACUGGGAGCAGCAGGGAGGACGGGGCGUUUCGGAAGCCGGAGCCGGGGUUUGCGGCGCUGGAGAAGAGGCUCGGCGAUUUCUCCCUGCAACGCGCCCGCCUGCAGCAGGUGCUGCUGGGAUUCAAAGAGACGCUGCGGCUGGAGCUGGGGAGCGACACAGGCUGUAGAAUAACACCCACGUCUAGGGCCAGAUCGCCUCAUCCUCCCAGGAGGAAGGGAGGGGAAAUGGCUGCGGAAGAGGCGGCUCAGGGGCCGGUGACCUUCGAGGAGGUGGCUGUGUAUUUCACCAAGGAGGAAUGGGCUCUGCUGGACCCCGCUCAGAGAGCCCUCUGCAGAGCCGUCAUGCAGGAGAACUAUGAGAACGUGGCCUCGCUGGGUAAGGAUUCCCGUCCCCUCGGUUCUUAGAAGGGGAAGUGACUAGUUAAGGUUCACGUCACCCCCACAGUGUAACCUUAACUCUGCCCUGUUUCAGCAACCCCCCGACGUGCCAGUGACGCACACACCAGCC